GUGUUACCAUUAUACAAAAUAAUGAAAAAAAAAAAAACUGGGCCCACUUUUACGAACCCCCCAAUAUAGAAGUCCCAAAAUAAUGAAGAGAGGGCGUUUUUGGGAUAAAAACCCGAACAAGAAAAAGAAAAAGGAAAAAUUCAAAAUUGUUUUAAAAUCUAUUAACAAAAUGAAGCUGGGGUGCGCAGUGUAUAAUACAGCGCAGGUUAGCAAAUGUACGCAUUGUCUCUGGGUCCUUCCGUUCGCACUUCUUUAUCCCCGAAAACCUAAAAGCACAAUCCCCAUCCCCUUUCCUUUCCCUUGUCGGUCGCCGUUUUAUUAUUGUUGUUUAGAUCUAAGAGUUCGUCUCUCGUUCCGGUUCGUUUGGUCCUUUUUUGAUCGGGAAUCGCUCAGUUUCGCUCCGAUUUCAUCGAUUCUGGUGAAAAUUUUAGACGUUCAUUAGUUGUAAGCAGCAGCGCAUUGAUCCCAGUGGAUAUUAAGCUGCAAUGCGGGGAUAUGAAAGAGAUGAGUACGAAGAUUAUGAUGAAUAUGAGGAGGAAGGAUAUGAGCAAGAGGAAGAAGGUGAAGAGGGGGAAGAAUAUGAGGAGGAAGAAGAGCGAAAGCCAAGUGCAGAGGAACUGGAAUAUCUCGAAUUAAGGGCACGGAUUAAAGAACAAAUUAGGAGGAAAAUGAAGAGAGAAAAUGGUGCUGCUGCUUCCAGAUCCCAGGAGAUAAAGAAGAAAGUUUCCUCGAAUAAUUAUGGGUCGUUCUUUGGUCCUUCCCAGCCAGUCAUUGCUCAAAGAGUAAUUCAAGAAAGCAAGUCCUUGCUAGAAAACCCACAUUUGGCAUUUAAAGCCUUGAAUUCCCAUCAUGAGAAGAAGACUUCCUCAUCUGGCACAGGUUCAAAGAAUGGAUCACGUGAGCAGAUGCCAAAAAUCAGGAACGAGCUAAAAACGAAAGUCCAGAAACUUAAAGAUACAAGAGAUUACUCCUUCCUGUUAUCUGAUGAUGCAGCACUCCCAGCUGCUAACAAACAACCUUUACCUCAAAAUGUUUCUGCUCCUAAAUCUGAGGCUCGUCCUGCCCAAGUGCCACAAAAGAGCAGACAACCAGCAGGCAAUAGUGUCAGAGAUAUUCAUGGUGGUCGUGAAGACAGGAAAUCAAUUCCUAUUAAUGGGCAAUUUCAUUUUAAAUCAGGCCUCCAUAGAUCAACCUCGACCAGCAAACCGUCUUCAACAUCAUUGGAUCCCAAAAGGCAGCUUGGUAGAAACAGCGGUAUUGGACCUGGGCGGCCUACAGGGCCAAAAGCUUUGCCUAUGAAAACACCGCUUAGCAAUGUGGAGAGGAAGGCUUCUGCACCAGCUCCAAAAUCCAUUAUGCCCGGUGCACGCAAAUCUCUCCCUCCGAAAAUACAGUCAUAUGCUCCGAGGCAACAUGUCGAACAGAGAAAGACAUUACAGGAACCCAAGAAAACUGUGCCAAUGUCAAAACAGCCGGUGGUAUCUUCAAGACCUCAGAUGAAUAAGCCAGUCAAGCAAAUUUCAUCUAAAGCAUCAUUGCAAGAUAAUCGGCCCAAGAAGAAACCCGCCAGACCAUUCCCUGAUGAUGAUGAUGAUGAUGCAAUGGCUUUUUCGAUGCUCAGAAAAAUGUUAAAACCUGAAAGGUGGAAUGCAGUUGAUGACGAUGAUGAUAUUAGUGACAUGGAGGCAAACUUUGAUGAAAUCAUGAGGGAAGAGAAACGAAGUGCAAAAAUUGCAAGGAAAGAGGAUGAGGAGCAACUGCUUCUAAUAGAGGAAGAGGAGCGGCUCGAGCGGAUGAGAAAGAUGGCAAAGAAGCGUAAGCUGGGCCAACGAUGACAUUUUCCCUGUUGGAGUCUGUUAAAGUCCUACUCACUCACUGCUGCAUCACUCCCUCCGUAUGAUGCAGUUUUGGUUGUGUUAUGGUGCCUCCUGGAGACUGGGACUUCAAAAUUUUUAUUCAAUUGUAGAAAUGUAUUUGCCAAUUCUAGAAUGCAAUUUAAAUUAUAAUCUUCAUAUACAAAUACAUCUGUGAAUGUAAUUCUGGCAGUUGCAUUUCUUUUGACUUGGGAUGAUGGAAUAAUAUUGCAGUUUACUGGUCCUUUUGGCAAUUCAUUUGUAUGAUACCUCAUCAAUGGAAACUUGAUCUCUUUUUCUUUA